AUGCGCUUCCUUUUGUACGCAGUGGUUGGAAUGUCUUAUCUUGAGACCCGUCUGUUCGAGCGUGUAUCAAUUGUCUGGAGUGACCGAUAUCUUCCAAGUUACAUGGGUCCCUCCAUCGUGCAGCUUGCGCACUUAUUUAUUCUCUUCAUAGUUAACAGCCUGACUGUGUUUGGCCUUUUGAUUCUACUUCUGCGAAGUAUCUACUCGCUGGCCUUCAACAUAACCACGAUUGAAUCUUGGGAGAUUGAGAGACACGAAACCCUUGUUCGACGCGCCCGAGUUUUGGGUGGUCAUCUGGAGGGUCCAGGCGGAGUCAAAGUUCAAAUCAAGAAGCAGGAAUUCCCAUAUGAUAUUGGGAUCUGGUCAAAUAUCAGACAGGGGAUGGGAGGCAGUGCAAACGUCCUGAGUUGGUUUUGGCCACUUGCAGCUACCCCCGACCGUAGGGGCGGCUGGGAAUUCGAAACGAAUGGCUUCGAGGAUCCCGGAUCAUCAUGGCCUCCACCUGAUCCAGACCGUAUCCCCUGGCCAACAAGCCAGACACUUCCCGACGAUUCACAACUUCCAGAGUCAUAUUCAUCUGCCAGAGAAACUGUCCACGCAUUCAACCGGCGCAAAUUUGGCGACAUCAACCGCCCGAGACCCUUUUCUGAAGUUGAAAGACGCACGCGGUUUCACGACCGUUUUCAACAAGAGAACUAUGAUAGUGAUGAAGAUCGUAGUGCAGGCCCUGUUUAUGGAGAUGACUCGGACGAAGGCGAAGAAUCCUGGCGAAAUGCGGAAGGGGAACGCCUUCGAGAUUUUGGCGUGGAUGAGGACGUAGAAUUCUACGACGAGGAUGACGUCCCGUUGGCAGUACUCAUGGAAAGAAGAAAUCAACAUCGAUGA